CUAACAUGUGAGAAGCAGAUCAGAUUUGUCAAGCUAAAUAGUUUUUAGGUUAACUUAUUGAAACCAAUAUGUCUUCUGGUUUCGAUUUAUCUCCUUCGGAGCGUCAAAUAGCCGAACAAAGGGCUCUUAGACGAAACGAAUUGAGACAACAAUUUUUAAAAUUGAAAUCCAAUCCUUUUAUACAAGCAAAAGGGGAAGGUGGGACAGUUUUUGAUCCUGCAUUUUUAAAAUACCAAGCUUUACAAGUAAGUGGCUUUGAAUAUUUUAAACCAUCUGGGAAAAACGCAGUUACUGGAUUAUUUUUCAUGGUGAUACCAAUGGCAGGUCUUUUUUAUGCAAUGUAUACUAGCAAAAAUGCACAAGAAGCAAGAUACAGAAGAGGUGAAGUAGCAUACAAAGAUCGCGAUUUCAAAUUUAUUUAAGCACUAAACUUUUCCUUCACUGUAGGAUUUACGUUGUAGUAAUUUUAUUUGUUAAUAUAUGCUUAAGUUUA